AUGGAGCAUGUGGACUUGCUGGGGUUCCUCAUUGUCACAUUAAAUUGCAAUGUGACCUUUGUGGGGAAGAUCUGGCUUAUUUUCAUGAUCCUGCUGAGGAUGGGGGUAAUCAUCCUGGCAGGGUCUCCAGUAUACCAGGACGAGCAGGAGAGGUUUGUGUGUAAUACUCUGCAGCCAGGGUGCUCCAACGUUUGCUAUGACAUCUUUUCUCCAGUGUCCCACUUGAGAUUCUGGUUGAUCCAGAGCGUGUCUACUCUUCUCCCUUCCACUGUGUUCAGUAUCUAUGUACUCCACAGAGGAGCCAUGCUUGCAGCCCACGGGCCCUGUGGGCCAGAUGGCAGUCCUGGGGCUCAUGAGCCCUCCGAUCGGACCCCGGGGGACAGGCGCUGCUCUCAGUCCUGCAGGGAGGGGAGUCAUCUGAUCGUGCCAGACUUAUCCUCUGGUUACAUUGUCCAUCUCUUCCUUCGGACCGUGCUGGAGGCAGCUUUUGGUGCCUUGCAGUACCUCUUCUUUGGGUUCUUGGUCCCAAAGAGAUUCUCUUGCACUCACUCUCCUUGCACCAGUGUGGUGGACUGUUACAUUUCUCGGCCCACAGAGAAGUCCAUCAUGAUGCUUUUCAUCUGGGCGGUCAGUGCACUUUCCCUCCUGCUCAGUGUUGCUGACCUCAUCUGCAGCUUGCAAAGGAGGAUGAGCAGGAGGUCAGGCCCCAAGUGUGUACCCAAAAGCAUCUCCACCAGGAAGAUGGCGGCACAUGGCAGGUGGGAAGCAGAGGAGGUGCCCACUCACCCUGAGCUGUGGAUGGGAGGGGAGGGGCCCGAGAGUCGCAGUGCUAAGUCUGCUGUGUCGGGGCGGACGGAACUUGCAGAUGAGGAGGAGAGUGAGGCCUUGUCCUCUGUUAGCAACAAGCCGACUGUGACUCGCAAAAAACUGGCGGACAGGCCUCAGAAAGAGGCCACCCAGGAGCCAAGAAGCGAGGGCCCUUCUAGGGCACAGGAGCAUCCCUCAGUGCCUCAGAGUCAGCUGGCCCAGCACUAUCGAUCCAGUCACCAGCAGCCCCUUGACUGGCUGGCCAGCUCGGGGAGUGCUGCCCACCUGAGAACCAGGAAGUCUGAGUGGGUGUGA